AUGGCGGACAUUAAAAAGGUGGAGUAUUUGCGAAAUUCCAACGGGCGAGCAGUGAAAACGGCCGAAGCCUUGCAACCGCAAUUAGCGGCCAAAAUGGGAUUACUGCCCGGAAUGGGUGUUUACAAGUUUUUCCGCGUGAUUUAUGCCGAACGCGAAUUAGCGGGGUGUUUUGCGAGUGAUAAAAAUGGUAAUUGUCGGCUGAAAAAAGAGGUGAAAAAAUUUCUGAAAACUGACGAACCUGCGAAAGAAAAUGAGACGGGGAAAAUUUCGCCCGUUCAACUAAUAAAAAAGUGCUUGCGUUAUGCUAGUAAGAAGGCUUAUGCGGCUUGGCAGGCAUUUAUUAAGCCGUUAAUUAGUAAGGUGGAUUUACCGGCAUUUACCAAGUUUGCCGAUUAUCAACCUAGCGACGAACAUUUUGCCAAAUUUGACGAACUGGCCCGUUGUCCCUGA